AUGUACUACUUUACUUUCAUGCAAGCAACCAAGCAACCAGAUUCCACACCGAUCUUCCCUGGGUUGAUGCUGAUCAAGACCUGUUCUCCCACUAUGAUUUGGUAUACCUUGUUGCUUGCAUUGCUUGUGAAUUUGUCUAUCCUCUUUGAUUGGUCAUUGGCAAAUGAGUCCACAAACACACAAGUGUAUAAUACUACUCCGGGUAUUCACAUGGGUCGGCUCCAAUUGACCUUGCUGGAAGAGUCCGGCGCCAGCAUGACCAGUGGGCACAGGAUCAUCCAGAGCAUGUCGACCCCGCCGCCCUCCGACUUGUUCGAGCUCGAGAGCAAUCUUCUCGAAGCCAAGCGUCAAGAUAAGGACAACAUCUUGAUCUCAGGAGCACUCUUGUCCACCCUCGCACUCAAGGUGAAACAUAUGGACACUUGGGAGGCCAUGUACAAUCAUCAUGAGUUCAUCCUAGAGAACCAAGAUCAACGGAGGCGAGAAUUCUUGUCCAGAUGUGGCAUCCUAGCGGAGAUGAGGGGUUCCAACACCAAGACAAUCAACCUGGUCAUCCAUUACUUGGCCAGCCGUGAGAUGCUAGAGCAUUGGAGGACAACACAGGCUGUUUUGAAGCAGGCCGAGGUGUUCGUGAUCAACUGCAUCAAGGGGUCCCUUCUGCUGGAGGAAGCAUCCAAGCUGAAUUUCGCAGCUCGGUACCAUCAUUUAUGCGGUCAGGAUAUCGACCCCAAAAUUUGCGGAGCACAGAAACAGGCCGACGCCAAGAUCGAGGCUUUGCUCCACUGGAUGUCUACCUUGGACAACAAGGACUGGCGACUCGGCGGCCACUACCUCUUGCAAAAGCGACAUCAGCAGCAGCUCCAGGAGCAAGCCUUGCCGACCAAGUCCGAGCGCUCUGCGGGCGCUGUGGGUCCCGCCAGAGUCCUCAGACAUGUCUUCUUUGAUCAGCUACCCGACAAGGACCAAGCGAUCCAAGCGACCCUUGGCCUUGCCUUGGAUUGGUUCCUUCCGAACCAAGCGGUACAAUCCAGACCUUUGUCCGACGUUUUCGACAAGAUCAUCGUCCCUUUGAUCCAGUACGAAGGGGACGGCCUCUCCUCUACGUCAAGCCGACACCUUCAAAGGGUGUUGGUUGGAACUAUCGUCGAUCAGACGAAGGCGCUGUUGUCAUCGGAUGGAGGGGAUUGGGAGCAAUUCAGCGACCUUCUGUUGAUUCCAUAUUACAUUCAGUUUCAAGUCCUUCGAGUGCACAAGCUGUCUUGUCGACACAGGAGCUCCAACUUCUGGUACAUCACUCCCGAUUUCUCGAGCGAGACGUAUGGUAAAUUCAGUCUCAGCCCAUGGUCCUACAUUGUUGAUGCAAAUGGCAAAUACUGGACUGGCAGCGUCGCAUGCAAGACUCCAACUUCUUCAACAUACAUGGGAAGGGGAAAGGAGAAUGAGGCCAAACUAGCCUCCUAUAUAUACUAUUCUGAAGGUAGCCUCCAUGGCUCCAUAACCCCUCAAACCAGUGCACGCUUCAAAGAAUCCUGUAAAGAUUGUACCAAAUACAAUGUGCAAUGCGCAAAGUACAAUCUUCAAAUUGAGCCCAUCUUGAUGCAGUGGCUAAAUAGAGCAGUUUUCAUGUGGCUGAAGACAUUACAAACCUGGCUGUGGAAUAAUGUAAUUCGAUAUGAAGGAACAAUUGGCCAGGAUACAGCCCAAGAAGAAGAACCAUGUGCAAAUAGGGAUGUCAUUGCAUACUUGAUCACCAAGAAUUCCAUUCCCAAUUUUUUGGGCAUCCCCAUGAUCCUGGACCCUUCAGCAGAUCGACUAGUCCUCCUGGAUCUGAACAGAUGUGAAUCCUCUCAGGAUGGUGUUGAGUUCGACACCCCGCUAACAAGGAUGAGUACCAACAUCGGAUCAACCCCAUACCACCAGAAGAAACUGAGAUGCGUCGGACCUGGUGGGGAGAGCUUGACUGAUGUCCUCGCGUCCUUAGGAAAACCAAUCUUGCCAAUCAGCUCAAGCAAGCACAUGAGACUGGCAACAAAUAAAGCAAGGUCCUUGUUACAAAGAAACAACCUAUCAAGGCGUAACAAGAAGAGCGGCUCAAGCAAAGGUCCUUGCAAUAGAGCAGAAGAGGACAAGAAGAUUCUGAAAGAUUCCAAAAGCAUCUCAAAGCAGGACAAUCACAUAGCCACAAUUGCCAGUCUCCAGGCGCAGAUCAAGAGCCUCAAAAGCGAUGCCAAACGCAACAAAAACACCAUACAAAGCCUCGAAAUGGGUCUUGCCAAUGCCGUGGGUAAUUUGUCAGAAAAGGACUUGAGGGAAGAUGACUUGACGUGUAUCAGCGGGCUUGAAGAUGAGCUGACCGUUUGCAAGGAUGCAUUGCAAAAGUUGCAAAGGGUUCGUACCGCGGAUGGCUAUAACAGAGAUGAGAAACCUGAUGACAAACUUAACGACAGAGACAAGGAUCAAGACCUCCAGGCCAAGAUUGAAGACCUCCAACAACUCCCUGAAACGUCCAAUGAGAUACAAGCAGAAAGUAGAGGAACUGGAGAAGGCCGCCAUAUCUCCAUGAGCCAAUCACAUUCCUCUCUGGGUCCAGGAGCUGCCCUACAAGGAAUUUCCUGCCCUCCUGAUGGAAUUAUGGGGGACAUGUCACGAAAGCAAAUCAUGGACAAGCAUAUUCUUGAUUCACACAACAACCUGAUGCCCAUGAACAACAUUGGGAAUGCAGCUUCGAGCUUCGUACCUUCCACCUCUCAUGACCUCCAUGCUUCUGCUUGGAGGUUGGUGACAGCAAUUAUCAAUCGCAAAGAUCGUCUUCUCCACUAG